UUACUCUUAGCACACUGCAGUCAGACAAGUACCAUUCUUCUGGCAACCGCCAAACCCAGACAUGUCCAUCAGAUUGCCAGACAGAGAAGUGUGAUUCAUCACUCCAGGGAGCACAUCUCUACUGCUCUAGUGUCCAGUGGCGUUAGUGCCCGAGUUGCUGUUGUUCCCAGUUGCUUCCAUUUUGUUAUAAUACCACUAGCAGCUGAGCGUGGAAUAUUUAGUAGCAAGGACAUUUCACGGAUGCACAGGUGGCAACCUAUCAUGGUACCACUCUUGAAUUCACUGAGUUUCUAAGAGCGACUCAUUCUUUCACAAAUGUUUGUAGAAGCAGUCUGCAUGCCUAG